AGGACCGAAUGUUUUUUUUUCUUUCGUAUGUGUAAAGAUAAAGAAUAAUCAUGGAAAACUAUAUAGUAUGUUUUAUAGGUUCAAAACGGUGACGCAAGCGUGCGUUUGACUCCCGUCUUUAAAACCACCACCACUCACUUCCUUCCCCCACCUCUCACAUUAACAACAAUAACUUUAUUUUCCCGCAUUUUCUCUCUGAAUUUUUUCUUUUAACGAAACGAAAUGGGGAGAGAUGAAACCGAGACGUACAUUACGGUGCCUACCUUCUUCAAGUGUCCCAUAUCUCUCGACGUGAUGAGAUCUCCCGUCAGUCUCUGCACCGGCGUCACCUACGAUCGUCCAAGCAUCCAGCGGUGGCUCGACGGAGGCAACAGCACUUGUCCCGCCACUAUGCAGAUUCUCAAAUCGAAGGAUCUCGUUCCCAACCUCACUCUCCAACGGCUCAUCAAAGCCUGGUCCGACUCCGUCGGUGGUGGUUCUCCGGAUCCGGCGUCUGCUCUAGGGAUUCCGACGGCGGAAGAAGUGAACGAUUCGUUGGCGAGACUGAGUAGGCUCGAGAAGGACGACGACGACGAAGAGAUUCGUCUGGAGAUUUUAUCGAGGAUCGUUCGAUUCGUUAAGGAUUCGGAAGCGAACAGAGAGUUUCUCUCGGAGAGAGAGGAUCUCGUAGUGCCAAUGCUCGUCGAUAUCGUGGCGACGGCGAAGAAGAUCGAGCUAGUUCUUCUAGCGGUUAAGGUUUUGGAUACUAUAAUCAAGAAAGGAGAUCGAGAACGGUUAUCGAAUCUGAUGUUGACCAACGGUGGUGGAGGAGGAGAUUGUCUAACGGCGAUUCUCCUCGCGAUUCAGCGCGGGGAUCUGGAGUCGAAGAUCGAAGCCGUUAGGGUUUUGGAGGUGAUCUCCUCCGUCGAUACGAAAUCGAGGAUGACGGUCGCGGAACGCGACGGGAUUCUAACGGAGCUGAUCGGAUCAAUCGGCACCGAGUCGGAUCCUAACCUGAUCGAAGCGAGUCUAUCGUUCCUAAUCGAAAUCUCGAAAUCGAAACGAGUGAGAUCGAAACUAAUCGCCGCGAAGACGAUCGCGAGGAUCAGAGACGUUCUAAUAACGGAGGAGACGACGACGAGCGUCGUCGCGGUGACGGAGAAAUCUCUGAAGCUGCUGGAGAUACUGUCGUCGAAGCGGGAAGGUAGAUCGGAGAUUUGCGGCGGCGGGGGAUGCGUGGAGGGAGUGGUGAAGAAGCUGUUGAAAGUGUCGACGACGGCGACUGAGCACGCCGUGACGAUUCUGUGGUGUCUGUGCCACGUGUUCAAGGAAGAUAAGACGGUUGAGGAGACGGUGGAGAGAAGUAACGGCGUGACGAAGCUGUUAGUGGUGAUUCAGAGCAACUGCUCGCCGAUGGUGAGGCAAAUGGCGAAGGAUUUGAUAAAGGUUUUGAAGGUCAAGUCAUCUGCUUCGGCUUUGGCUGCUUACGAGACCAAGACCACACAUAUUAUGCCGUUUUGAUUUUUGUUAUAGUAAUAAUCUUUUUAGUGGUGUAUGUUACACAAUCAACUGUUUUGAUCGUAGAUAUCGUGUAAAUCAUUUUUGCAUAGUGUGAUGAUCAAUUUUACUAAUAUCAAUUUUUAUUCUCGUUUCUGGUU